AUGUCCUUCCUGAGACGCUCUCUCGGCCUCUUCGGCGCAUUCGCCGCGCUGCAGGGUGUAUACGGCGGCCUGGAUCUAACCUCGAACUCGACGGUGACUGUUUACUGGGGCCAAAACUCCUUCCGCGGUACGGGGACCCUCGCACAGCAGCGCUUAGGGUAUUAUUGUGAUGAUCCAAACAUUGAUGUCAUCAUCCUCGCCUUCCUAAUGACAAUCAACGGCCCCGGCGGCGCCCCAGAGAUCGAUUUCGCAACAUCGAGCGAGAAGUGCGCGACGUUUGCUGGGACAAAUCUGAAGAAUUGUCCUGAGAUUGGCACGGACAUAACAACCUGCCAGUCAAAGAACAAAACAAUCCUCCUCUCCAUCGGCGGCGCAACCUACACCGAAGGCGGCUUCACCUCGCAAGCCGCCGCAGAAUCAGGCGCCGACCUGCUGUGGGCAACAUUUGGUCCUCCUGCGACAACAACAGCCGGUCGAACCAGCGGAAUAGGCAGCGGAGGCCGCGGACAAGCCGUCCAAGCGCUCCGCCCCUUCGGAACCGCCGUCCUCGACGGCUUCGAUUUCGAUUUCGAGGCCGCCGUCACGAAUAUGGCGCCGUUUGCCAAACGAUUGAGGGCGCUUGCCGAUGCUGAUACAGUGAACAGCCAGAGGAAGUACUUCUUGACUGCGGCGCCGCAAUGCCCCUUCCCCGACGCCGCGGAUAGGGAUAUCCUGAAUACAGACGCGAGCGCGACGAUCGAUGCGGUCUGGGUGCAGUUUUACAAUAACUACUGUGGCGUGAACUCGUACAUUCCGGGAAGUGUGGGCAACUUCAACUUCGAGACCUGGGACAAGUGGGCUUUGACUGAAAGCAAGAACCCGGAUGUCAAGGUGUACCUGGGGGUUCCUGCGAACACGGGGGCUGCGGGAACGGGGUACUUGCCUAUUUCCUCAUUGACGCCCGUGAUUCAGUACUCGAAGAAGUUUGAGAGCUUUGGAGGGGUCAUGAUGUGGGAUGUUAGUCAGGCGUAUGGGAAUCAGGGGUUUUUGAGUGGCAUUAAGGGGGCGUUGCGUGGGACAAGCACGGUGCAGGGCCCGAAGCAGGGAGAAGAAGAGAUUCCGGUUCUCGGGGUUGAGGAUUCCUCUGCUUCUGGAUCUGCUCGCCCUGCAGAGACGACGUCAACUCCAGUUCAAACUCAACCCGAAGCCCAAACCCAGCAACCCUCGGCAUCCCCGUCAGUCACACAACAGCAGGACACAACCUCGGGCACAGAUGCAACUGCAAGCCCCGUGGCACCACAAGCGGGAGAGCUGCAGGAGAACCAAGAUGAGUGGGCCGACCAGAGCGCCGAUCUGCCCCUGUUGAAUCUGCUUCCUUCGUUCAUGGAGUCGGAUGCCGAUCUGCCCUGGAUUGAGAUUUGA